AUGCGUCUGGCGUACAUCGUCGUAGCUGCUCUAGCUGCCCAUUCCACUUGCACUGAUGCAGUCUCAACUAGUAUCAAUUCAAAGACUGUUCUCGAGCAUGACGACCCACUCGCUCCUCGCGAGAUGGAAGAUGAUCAUGUCAACAGCACAAACACGAAGAAGUUAUUGAGGAUCGUCACUGCCAACAAAGACUUGCAAGCUGACGACGAGGAGAGAAACGCGGCCAACGUCGCUGAGGAGCUGAAGCCAGUGGUCAUGAAGCUGUCACAAAGUACCUUCUUGGGGAAGACUUCUGACGUGGCGGUCGCAGCUGCAACAGGGACCAAAGCGCUGGUAGAUAAACUUGCUCUGCAGUACAGGGCCGCUAUCUCGAAGGUGCUGAAACUGAUGGAACCGCUUGGGAGCAAGCUGGCGAAUAGUCCGAUCUUUGUUAAGCUCGUGGAGCUUGCACACAUGAUCAGGAACAUCAAGGUUGGCGACUCAACGAUGGGUGAGCGCUUCAAAGCAGCUAAAGUAAAACACUCGUUCAAGACAAGCACGGGUCCGACGGGUGUCGAGCUGAAAGAGAGUACCGGGCCCGUUGUCGUUGGUGAUGCCGAGCUCAAGGCUAAAACCGGACCAGUUGUCGUGGAUGAUUCCAAGCUAAAAGCGGGUGCCAAACUCGGUGUCGUGGAUGAUCCCAAAUUAAAAGAGAACACUGGACCUGGCGCCGUGAAAGAUGCCGAGGUGAAAUCGAGUACCGGUCUCGGACGCACGGACGAUUCCAAGCUGAAAGCGAAGGCUGAACACGAUGUCAUCGAGGAUUCCAGGCUAAAGGCCAGUACCAGGCAUGUUGUCAUGGGGGAUCCUGAGUUGAAACCAAGUACUGGUCUCGGACCCACGGACGAUUCCAAGCUGAAAGCGAAGGCUGAACACGAUGUCAUCGAGGAUUCCAAACUGAAAAAAAGUACUGUUGACGUGGAGGAUCCUAAGUUAAAACUGAGUGCUGGACUCGGAACCGUGGGUGAUGUCAAGCUGAAAGAGAGUACUGUACUUGAUGUCGCGGGGGAUUCCAAGCUGGAAGCAAGUACCAGACCGAGUGUCGUAAAAGCUGCUGAGCUGAAACCGAUUACUGGACCUGGUGCUAUUGAUGAUUCCAAGCUGAAAGAGAGUACAAGACCUGUUUUUGAUGAGAAUCUCAAGCAAAAAACAAGUACCGGACAUGGCAUCGUAGAGGAUCUAAAGUCGAAGACAAAAAUUGGAUUCGGUAUCGCAGAGGAUCCCGAGCUGAAAGUGAGUACUGGACCGGGUGUCGUGGAUGCCGCCAAGAUGAAGGCGAGUACCGGACUUGGUGUCGUGGAUGAUUUUAAUCCGAGGGCUACUACCAGAUCCAAGGUAAUGAGCGAUGCCGGACUGAAGGCGAGGACUGGACCCGACGUAGUGAGCGAUGCUGGGCUGAACACAAGGACUGGACCCGGUGCCGUGCGUGAUGCCGAGCUGAAAAUGGAUACCGAGCCCAAUGUCAUGGAGGACGUUGAGCUCAGACCGAGUACUGGUCCCGGUGUUGUAGACGCUGAGAAGAUGAAACCGAAUACUGCGCCCGGUAUCGUGCGUAUGACGAGUCCUAGAGUUGGAGAUGGUGCCACAGGGCAGAUAACCAAUCGGAACUCUCGGCAGUAUGGCGUGCCGCAUGAGGCUCCUCUCCAUGCGCCGCGUGAUAUCAUGGAACCGUUGAUGGAUGCCGUGGCCGGACUUCCUGCAAUAAUCAAGGCCCCCUUCACAGGGUGGGGAAAAUCAUUAAGCAACUUGUGGAAAGGCGACGGCCUCGCUAAAGAACAGGCCACAGCCGCCGAAAGACAGAGAUUAAGCGAUCACGAUUGGGAAGCUGAUUGGCAAUCUUGA